UGGGUAAUAAUAAAGAAUUAGGUAAUAUAGAAACAGGAAAAGUGAGUAAUAUAGAAGUGGAAAAAAGUGGUAAUAUAGAAACGGGAGAAGUGGGUAAUAUAGAAAUGGAAGAGUUGGGUAAUAUAGAAUCGGGAGAAGUAGAUAAUAUAAAAACGGAAAAUAUGAUAAUAUUGAAGUAG